UAUUAGCAGUCUGACCUGUAACUUUGACUCCGACAAUCUGUGUGGCUGGAAACAAGCUCCACUGGACGACAAAGCCUGGCGUUUUUUCUAUCCCGGCCACGCCCCUCAGAACUUUGUUGGACCAUACACUGGACGCCCACAAGCAGUGUCUGUGACAACAUGCUGGCAGUGAACUACAUACGAGCGGACCCGGCACCGUCUGACAGUGCAGCUCUGUGGGCGUUCAGACGUACCGGAGACCAGGGCCCAGGCUGGAAGCCCGCCGCUCUCACAACACCGUCAUCAAAAGGGAAUCAUAAGAUCCAAUUGGUCAUACAGGCCAAAUGCCACGAAGGUUCAAAUGGAAUCAUUUCGUUUGAUGACGUGUCCUUGACGCCAGGUCCUUGCCCAGCCAGGGAAGAGAGUCACGCUUGAGAAUGAGAAAACCCAGACUGGAAGAGAAGACGGAACAGAUGGCAUAGACUCCCGUACUUAGAAAAGCAACCACACAUCUUUGUUGAAGGAAAUGGGAGUCUUGCAGCAAUAUAAAUGGACUUUACCUUUUGUUUCAUGGUGUUGUUUCCAAACACGUUUUGUGCAGUAGAAAUAAAGUUGGACAUGGAUCCAGCACUAAUACAAAAUAUCUUACUAUUUGGUAUAGGUUUAACACUCCAUUUUUUAAAGAGACCUUAAGACACACGAACUAGAUAUAGCUACUGAAGGACUCAAAAUUGACACCCUUGAUGUUUCAGAUAAUGCUUCAGUACAACCAUUUUUGUUGUUGUUAUUACUGCAGAAUCCCACGAAAUAAAAACAAUUAUGUGAAAAUA